GACCGAAGCGGCGGGCAGGAAGAAGAUGCAAAAGUUGGGGAGCCUCGUUUUCUUUCUCAGCGAGCGGGCGAGCGGGAAAAAAAGAGGCACCUGCUGAACGAAAGCUCCGCCUUCCGUGCCUUUAAGAGAGCGGCGGGUUGUCUCCCCCUCCACUUGAAGCCGCUUGUAGGCCCGAGGGCGGCUGGCAAAAGCCGGGCGCGCCGCGAUGGAAGGGGACUGGCUCGCGCUCCGCUCCCUCCUGCAGUCCUGGGUGCUCCUUUCGCCUUUCGUGCGCGCAACGUGACUUUCCGCGGGUUUGGGGAGGGCCGGCUCAACUCUGCUCAGUCCGCGAUGGCCCUCCGCAGCGCCCUUGGGGGCCGGGAGAAAGGCAACGGCACCGUGACCUUUGCGGAGGAAUGCGGCUCCGUCUCGGUGGCUUUCCCCUUGACCAUGAUGAUCACAGGCAUGGUGGGCAACGGACUGGCCAUGCUGUUAGCCUACCGAGCUUACCAGAAGAAAGAGAACCAGCGGAAGAGGCCGUUCUUGCUGUGUAUUGGUUCCCUGGCCUUGACGGACCUAACCGGGCAGCUCCUGACCAGCCCCGUAGUCAUCGCUGUGUACUUGGCCAAGCGGAAAUGGCAGGCGGUGGACCCUUCACAGGGCCUGUGUGACUUCUUUGGCUUGGCCAUGACUGUCUUUGGUCUUUGCCCCCUCUUCAUCGCAAGUUCCAUGGCUGUGGAAAGAGCACUGGCCAUCCGGGCCCCGCACUGGUACAUCGGCCACGUAAAGACCAAGCUGACCAAGACUGUGCUACUUGGUGUGUGGCUGACUAGCUUUGCCUUUGCUCUCUUGCCCAUCAUGGGCAUUGGGAAGUAUACGCUUCAGUGGCCAGGCACCUGGUGCUUCAUCAGUAUGAAGGAUCAUGAAAAUUCCUGGGCGGGAAAUGCAGUUUUUGCAUCUACAUUUGCUUUCUUGGGUCUUUUUUCCCUUGCUGUCACUGUGGCAUGCAACAUGGCAACCAUAAUUGCACUGGUCUGUCGCUGCUGGUCCAAGAGCUCAACACCCCAGUCCAGGAGGCAGUGGGGCAGGAUUACCAUGGAAACCUUUAUCCAGUUGCUGGGGAUCAUGUGUGUCCUCCUUGCUUGUUGGUCCCCGCUUUUGGUGACAAUGUUGAAAGUGACUUUUAACCCAAACCCUAUGAAUCAAUGCAGAGAAUCCUGUAACCAAACCCAAACUACGGAACAGCAGCCGGAAUGCAAUUUCUCCUUAACCAACAUCCGCUUGGCUUCACUGAAUCAGAUCCUGGAUCCUUGGGUAUACUUGCUACUUAGGAAGUUCUUCCUCCAGAAGUUUUGUCAGGUAGCCCAUGCCAUUUCGUGCCACCCACAGGACAGAUGGAAAGGGCAACAUAUCAUUUUAUCCAACAAAAUCAGACGCACAGCCGUUUGAAUCAACUUGCAUGUUUUGGAGAGCCUUUGGCAAGACUCCCUAAAAGGGUCCUCUGCUUGAAUGACCCUACUUGUUUCUCACCUCUGUUCCUGCUGCCUACUUGCUACUUUCUGAAACUACAAAAUAAGUGAAAGAUGUUGUUCUGUUUCCUCAAUAUGGUCAAUGCCUGCAUCUUGAAAGAUCUCGGGAAAACAGGAUAUAGUAGCAAAAGUAAGAGAUAAACCCAUGAUUGACAGUCGGUCAUUGUAUGAUGUGAGUCUUGGCAAAUAUCCAAUAAUACCUAAGCUUGAUUCCAGAUUUAAAUUUAUAAUUGUUCUUUUCUUUCAGAGAGUUACAGUAGCAUAUAUGGAAUUUUCUUUAUUAUUUUUUAAAUUGUUUUGCAUUUAUUUAAUUAAAAAAGAACACUCAAACCAUAUCUUGUUAUAUAUUGAUGUAUUAACCUAGUCCAUUUGGAUCACUUCCAGAAGGCCCCAGCAUACAGUAACAUAGUAAUAUUUUUAUCAAGGGUUAUGUUGGCUGUAAUGGAUUCUAAUUUUAUAAACUAUUGGGUAAAAGGACAGUUAUUUAUUUACUUAAGACAAGUACCAGAAUUUUAACAGGAGUCAUAAGCUCCAGUAUCGAUCUUUGUUCCAAAUAACACAAGCAGAAUUGUAUUGUAGUCUCUCUAUUCAUAAUCAUGUGAGUAUGAAAGGAAAUUAAGAGAAAUAAUCAGGAGCCAUUGUAUAUCAGAGCCUGGCUGGGUGGCAGCACAUAGUCAAUCUUCACUAAUUAAAAAAAACAA